UGCACAUCCAGCCUUGGCCUCUUUUCCGCCCGCCUUCUGUGGUUGAAAAAGGACACGAACUCGGCUCCUUUGGGUAUCUGCGGGAGCAGAGCCUUUGCACUGGGGGUGAGAGCACUGGGGACACGGCUCCGGGAGGCCUGGGGCCCUGCCAGAUCCGCUGAACCUUUUCAUUUCUUCACAUUCUUCAAGGAGCUGCAGAAAAUGAACAUAGUGCAGGGAUCCAUGUCAUUCGAAGAUGUGAUUGUCGAAUUUACCCAGGAUGAAUGGCAGUACAUGAGCCCUGCUCAAAGGAUCCUGUACCGAGAUGUGAUGCUAGAGAACUACAGCCACCUCAUUUCAGUGGGAUAUUGCACCACCAAACCUGAGAUGAUCUUCAAGUUGGAGCAAGGAGAAGAGCCCUGGUCCUUAGAGGAAGAAUUCCUAAACCAGAGGUACCCAGGAUAUUUCAGUGUUGAUAUUCUCAUUGAGGGAAACCAGGAAAAACAAGCGAAACCUCUGUGGCAAGUAAUAUUCACUCAUAACAAAACACUGAGUAAAGAAGGGCAGAAAGUUUUAGAAAAACCAUUUACUCUGGAUAAAAUUCCAAAUUCUUUUGGAAAAAUGCCCUGUAAAUGUGACUCAUGUAGAAUGAAUUUGCCAGUUGUUUCUGAAUUAAUUAUUUGUGAUAGAACCUAUUCAAGAAAGAAGGCUGAUUACAUGAAUGUAUGCAAAAAGUUGCAGCUUGAUAUUAAACAUGAGAAAACUCAUACUGGAGAGAAAUCUUAUGGUUAUAAUAAAAACAUGAAACCUCUCAAUAAUAGGAAAGAUCAUCAGAAACUUCAAAGCCUGGAGCAGUCUUUUGAAUGUAAUGAAUUUAGGAAAGUUUUACAUGAUAAGACUCACUGUAUUAUAGGAGAGGAAUCCUAUAAGGAUGAUGAAUUUAGGAAAAACUGUGAUAAAGCAACUUUAUUUAACUAUGUGAGAACUGGCACAAGAGAGAAAUGCUUUGAUCUUAACGAAUGUGGGAAAUCCUGCGACAAAACCACCACUGUGAAAUAUGAUAAAGUUCACAUGGCUAUGACAAACUCUGAAUAUAAUGAAAAUGGGAGUAACUUCAGCAGGCUCUUACCUCUCACUCAGUCUCAGAGAACUGUUAAAGAACAGGGUGCUUUUGCAAGCAAUAAAUGUGAAGAAAAGUUGAGCCAGAGCUCAACCCAUAUAAUACAAAAAAAGACACAAAUUAGAGAUGAAUUUUGUGCAUAUAAUGGAUGUAUAAAUGCCUUCUACCAGAAAUUAGACCUUAUAGUAUGUCAGAGAAGUCACACAGAAGAGGAACUCUACCAGUGUGAUAAAUAUGGGAAAUGCAGGAAAUCCUUUUACCAGAAAGGACAACUCAUUCAUCAUCUGAGGACCCACUCAGAGGAGAAACCUGAGGAAUGUGAGGAAUGUGGGGAAUCUUUUUGUUCAAGUUCACACCCUAUUCAUUAUCCUGGAACUGAUAUGAGGGUCAGUCUCUGUGAAUGUAAUAAAUAUGGGAAAACUUUCUGUCAAAAGUCAAACAUCCAUGAAAAUCUGACAGUUCACACAAAGGAUUAUGAUAACAGUGGAUGUGGGAAAUCUUACAGGAAGUCUGCGCUCACAGUACACCAGAGAACACACACAGGAAUGAAACUCUGUCAAAGUAACAUAUAUGGGAAAACAUUCUCCAAGAUGGGACAUCUCAAAGAACAUCAGAGAAUUCACACAGGGGAGAAAUCCUACAAAUGUAUUGAAUGUGGGAAAACUUUCUCUAAGACAUCACAUCUCAGAGCACAUCAGAGAAUUCACACAGGCGAAAAACCCUACAAAUGUACUGAAUGUGGGAAAACUUUCUCUCACAAGACACACCUUAGUGCACAUCAGAGAGUCCAUACUGGAGAGAAACCCUAUGAAUGUAACAGAUGUGGGAAAACUUUUGCUGAUAAUUCAACCCUCAGAGCACAUCAGAGAAUUCACACAGGGGAGAAACCUUAUGAAUGUAAUGAAUGUGGGAGGUCCUUUGCCCAUAUAUCUGUUCUCCGAGCACAUCAGAGAAUUCAUACAGGUGAGAAACCCUAUGAAUGUAAUGACUGUGGGAGAUCUUUUGCCCAUAAUUCAGCCCUUAGAGCACAUCAGAGAAUUCACACAGGGGAGAAACCCUAUGAGUGUAGUGACUGUGAAAAAACUUUUGCCCAUAAUUCAGCUCUCAGAGUACAUCAGAGAAUUCAUACAGGGGAGAAACCAUAUGAAUGUAAUGAAUGUAUGAAAACAUUUGCCCAUAAUUCAGCUCUCAGAGCACAUCAGAAAAUUCAUACAGGGGAGAAACUCUAUGAAUGUAACGAAUGUAGGAAAACUUUUUCACAGAAGACACAUCUCAGUACACAUCAGAGAAUUCACACAGGGGAGAAACCUUAUGAAUGUAGCGAGUGUGGGAAAACCUUCUCUCAGAAAUCAUACCUCAGUGGACAUGAGAGAAUUCACAAAGGGGAAAAACCUUAUAAAUGUAAUGAAUGUGGGAAAAUGUUUGUCUAUAAGGCAGCCCUCAUAGUCCAUCAAAGAAUUCACACAGGUGAGAAACCCUAUGAGUGUAGUGAAUGUGGGAAAACUUUCUCCCAAAGAACACACCUCUGUGCACAUCAGAGAAUCCACACAGGGGAGAAACCUUAUGAAUGCAAGGAAUGUGGGAAAACUUUUGCUGAUAAUUCAGCCCUCAGGGCACAUCAGAGAAUUCACACAGGGGAGAAACCCUAUGAGUGUAAUGAAUGUGGGAAAACUUUCUCCAAGACAUCACACCUCCGGGCACAUCUGAGGACUCAAACAGGGGAGAAACCCUAUGAAUGUAAUGAAUGUGGGAAAACUUUCUCCCAGAAGUCGUAUGUUAUUGCACAUAAGAGAAUUCAUACAGGGGAGAAACCCUAUGAAUGUAAUAUAUGUGGGAAACCUUUUGCCCAUAAUUCAACCCUCAGAGUACAUCAGAGAACUCACACAGGUGUAAAAUCCUAUGAAUGUAAUGAAUGUGGGAAGACUUUCUCCCAGAAGUCACACCUUAGUGCACACCAGAGAAUUCACACAGGGGAGAAACCUUAUGAGUGUAAUGAAUGUGGGAAAGCUUUUGCACAAAAUUCAACUCUCAGAGUACACCAGAGAAUUCACACAGGAGAGAAACCCUAUGAAUGUAAUGAAUGCAGGAAAACUUUUAUCCGUAAGGCAGCUCUUAGAGUACAUCACUCCAGAAUGCACACCAGAAAGGAAACCCUUGCAUGUGGUGAAUUUGGGAAGUCCUGAAGGGACUCCUACCUUAAUUGAUAACACACAGUAAAAAAGCUCAUGUCACAAACUGGCAGAUUGUUUCCCUUAAACAUUUCCUUUUCCACUAGGCACAUAGUUUGUCUAAUUUCCCAGUCUUUCAUUUGAGUGACACUGGUCAUGGAAUAUGACACUAUAACAUUUAAGCUAAGUCUAGCCUUCAAAAGUUACCUUACAUUCUUUCUGUCCUAUGUUAUGUUGGAAUAGAGAUAUUGCCAGGGCAGACUUGGCAUGUGUAUUAAACAGGGUAGAACACAAGGUGAAAGAAGCCAAAAUCUGAAUAACUGGGUGAAACAGUUCUCCACUAAUAGAUCUUCACAAGUUGGUUUAAAAAACUGUACUCUGUUGAGCUCUUAAAGAUUCUGUUCUGUUUGUUAAAUGCACAUAGUUUAGUUAACUCUGUUACAGUGGGACAAAACCCUAUGAAUAUCAUGUCAGAAGACCUAUAAAAUUCAGCCUGUCAUUGUACAUCAGAGACUUCACAUGAGGAAGAAAACUGUCAACAUCCUGACUGAUCAGAAGCUUUCAUUAAAAAUUAGAGAAAUCUCAGGGAAAAACACAAAAGCCUUUACUACAUAUUUAAUAGCAGAUAAUUAAGAUUUGACCAAAAUCUUAUAUUUUGAUAAAUGAUAUUUUUUAACAACUACUGAAAGUUUGCUCCAGGUAAUUUUUUUUUUUCCUGAGGAAAUAUAUGUUUCAGAAUUGAAGAUAAAAUCUUCACCUAGA